CUGUACCGAGACUGACUGGCGACUACCGAAUGUGACUUGAUAACUGAUAAGAAAAAGAAGAAUGUUGGAUUGUUGGUUCAUUUUCGUACAAUGACGUUUUAUGUUGAAGUGAUUGAAAUUUCAAAAUCUGCAUAAUUUCGGUCGUUCUAUUUUUGCUCAGUCAUCAGUGCCUUUUUUUGUUAUUUCUUGUAAGCCGAGGAAAAGAAAAGAAAAGAACGAGGAACAUCAAUUCGACAUUGAGCAGUAUUAAUAUUCAAUAAGUUUAAGUUAUACAAAAGGAAAUUUAAUCUGAUAAUAUGUCAUCGACAUCUCAGGCUCGGAUCCACGAAGUGAGUUAUGUAUGGACAAUUGAUGAUUUUGAAUAUCACGAAGCAGAGGGAAGUGUCUUGUAUUCCCCGGAAUUGUCAGCUGAUUCAAAUGAUCAGAUCAAAUGGCUGCUGCUACUUAAACCUAAUGGUGAUGAUCUCAAGCCAGAUACUAAAGAUACAAUAUCUUUCUAUGUAGAAUUCAGUAUAAAUAGUGCAACUGCAGAGAAAGUGUACGCAAAGCAUAACACUUUCGUUUUGGAUUCUCAACUGAAAAAGAUAUCUAUUUCAAAAGGUGAAGUACGUGAAUAUCCUGGAAAAGAUCAUUUAAAACGUUGGGGUCGUAAAGCGUAUUUGAAAAAAGACGAUUAUUUUAGAAACGACUUAUUGAUUAAUGGCCAGUUGACGAUCAUCUGCGAUAUAGUCUUUUCUACAGUACUUGAUGCUGUUAGUAAUACUUUACACGAAUACGAAACAGCACUACUGUAUUCAAACGCUCCUGAUGACGAUCUUUCAGAAAACUUGGGACUGUCACUGGAACAUCAUGAUUUGGCAGAUGUUGUGCUUUCAGUAGAUGGUCAAGACUAUCCAGCUCACAAGACUAUUUUGGCUGCGAGAAGUCCAGUAUUUGCCGCCAUGUUCAAACAUGAUUGUAGUACUAUGGAAGAAAAUGUGCAGAAUCGUAUUGAAAUCGAAGAUAUGAAUGUGGAAGUCGUCGGUGAUUUUUUGAAAUAUAUUUAUACCGGAAAAUGUGGAAAUUUGAGAAACAAAGCGGAGCAUUUGCUGGCAGCUGCUGAUAAAUAUCAUUUGAAUGGUUUGAAAAUGAACUGUGCGUUAGAAUUAUAUAGAACUCUAUCAGUAGAAAACGCUGCGAAAAUUCUGGCAUUAGCUGAUAUGCACCGUGUGGAGGAGCUGAAAAGUGAAGUUAUCAAUUUUAUCGUUUCGGAAUGUACUGAAGUGUUCGAUACAGAGAGUUGGAAGAGUAUUGUGUCCAACUCCAAUUGUCAGUUGGUUAAUGAAGUAUGCCUAGCUUUGGCGCAACGAUUAAACAAAAAUAAAAGGAAGAAUGAUUGAACUUUAUGCUUAUUAGGUAUAGUUCUGUGAUUGUGAUUGUGACGGGUUUUUUUUGAUCGAAUGUUUUGUUCUUAUACGCACCUACGUGUUUUGUGAGUUCAAUAUUAUUAUUCAACGCUGAUCAAUAAGAAAUAUAAUAAUUAUUUUCUUAGUGUUUAUAAAAUACUGAUUUAUCUAUUAAUCGAUGAUUUUCUUAAAAUUAAGUUGAAAUUUCUUUUAUUAUUAGAACAUAUACUUACAUAUGUAGGUAUACCUACCAACAGUUUUAAUGUAUUUUUUUUGGUUUUUCUAAAAGUACCUAAUUUUCAUUGAGCAAUUUACAUUCAUUAUA